UUCUUUCUUUCUUUUUUUUUUUUUUUAGAGAGGGAGAGGCAGUGUCCCACCUGCAUGGAACCACAGAAUCUAACAGCUGUCUCAGAGUUCCUUCUCCUGGGCCUCUCAGACGAUCCAGAACUGGAGCCCAUUCUCUUUGGGCUGUUCCUGUCCAUGUACCUGGUCACCUUGCUUGGGAACCUGCUCAUCAUCCUGGCCGUCAGCUCUGACUCCCACCUCCACACGCCCAUGUACUUCUUCCUCUCCAACCUGUCCUUGGCUGAUAUUGGUUUCAGCAGCACGACAAUCCCCAAGAUGCUGGUGAACAUUCAAACACACAGCAAGUCUAUCACCCAUGCAGGCUGCCUAACUCAGGUGUCCUUUUUUUUCCUGUUUGGGUGUUUGGACAAUCUGCUCCUGGCUGUGAUGGCCUAUGACCGAUUUGUGGCCAUUUGUCACCCCCUGAACUACUCAGUCAUCAUUAACCCAAGCCUCUGUGUCUUGUUGGUCCUGAUGUCAUUUUUCGGCAGCGUUUUGGACUCUCAGAUUCAUUGUUUGAUGGUGUCCCAACUUACCUUUUGCACAAAUGUGGAAAUUUAUCAUUUCUUUUGUGAUGCACCUCAACUCUUCCACCUUGCCUGCUCUGAUACCUCCAUCCACACCAUACUAAUGUAUUUUAUCAGUGCCAUCUUUGGUGGUAUUCCCCUCUCAGGGAUCUUUUGUUCUUAUACACGAAUUGUUUCUUCCAUUCUGAGAGUCCCAUCCACAGGUGGGAAGUACAAAGCCUUUUCUACCUGUAGCUCCCACUUGUUGGUUGUUUGCUUGUUUUAUGGAACGGGCGUUGGAGUGUACCUCAGUUCAUCCAUCUCCUCCUCCCUCAGGAAGGGUGCAGUGGCCUCGGUGAUGUACACUGUGGUCACUCCUAUGCUGAACCCCUUCAUCUACAGCCUGAGGAACAAGGACAUCAAGAGGGCACUGUCGGGGACAAUCCGCAGAACAGUCUAG